AUGGCGGCGGUGAUACAGCAUUUUUCAUCCAUAAACAAUGCGUUUAUCUCAACGGUUGACCAUUUACCAUGUGAUAUAGUGCGAUCUAUAUGGCUAAUUCAAUCAAUAAAUUUAUCUUUGAGUAAACAUAGGGCUGAAGUUAAAGCCGUACUAAGAAGAUUACAGCUAGACAUUAAUACUGAAGAAAAAGAUGAACUAACGAGUCAGGUUAUAGCACUCAAAGAAAAAAUCAAGAGUCUUGAUGAGGAAGGUAUAAUGGAGGCAGAAGCAUUACAUAAUCAAAUCAUGAUCCAUAGAUUAUCUUUAAUAGAGGAACUUGGUCAGUUGAGGACGCUUUUAGACGCUAAAAAAGAUGAUGCUAUAGAUUCUGAAGAAAAAGACGUGCUAAGAGAACAACUUAAGAAUCAUUAUAAACUUAACCCACUCAAAUCGCAAAGAGAAGCGGUGAAAGAGAGGGCUAACAAAAUAAAGUCUAAGUCGUCAGGCAUAAAGUUAGUACUUAAAAUGCCUAAAAAGUCAAAGACAAAGCUGGGAAAAGUGAAAGGUAAUGAUAGGAAUAAAAUCUCAAAGAAGAAGCGGAAAACAGCUAAGCUCAACAAAAACGUGAUGACUCCUUUGUAUGACGUAAUGCCACCAACUCCUCAGGUAGAAGUAGAUAACAAUGUGUAUUGCUUCUGCAAGCAACCAUCAUUUGGCGACAUGAUUGGAUGUGAUAACGAAGAAUCAUGCCCUAAUGGUGACUGGUUUCACUAUAAGUGUGUUGGACUAUUGAAUAGAGUUGAUGCGUUAAAGUAUACUACUGGGAAACAGAAGUGGUUUUGUUCGGACUAUUGUCACAAAAUAGUGGAGGGUAAAAAGAAGACUUCCACAGUAUACAAGAAGAAAAAGAAGAGAAAAAAUUGGUGA